AUGAUACCUCAACCACUUCCGUUACUGAAAAGAAAGGUUUCCUAUAUGCAUAAGUCUCAACUCAUCAGUGAUAUCGGGUCAGGUAUCAACUUCAAAAGAAAUGGACUUAAAACUUUACUGGAACGAUCAAGUAAAGGAAUGGUCUCAGAAAUUGUGAUUAUCCACUGUGACCGACUCUGCAGAUUUGCAUUUGACCUCAUUGAAUAUAUGUUCUCAGAAAUUGUGAUUACCUACCAUGACCAACUCUGCAGAUUUGCAUUUGACCUCAUUGAAUAUAUGUUCUCAGUACACUCUACGAAACUCAUGGUUCUCUUCGACGAAUUAAGUUCCAACGAGCAUGAAUUAUUACAAGAUAUCCUUGCAAUCAACACUAUCUUUAUCUGUCAAAUACAGGAAAGAAGAGCAGCUAAAUACUGA